ACGGGUACAAUGCCUGCAACCAUGUCACUUAUUGAAGUAACCAUGCUUACUGGUUUCUACCCAAACAAAGAUGAUCUAAAACAGCUGACCGACUCAACAGAAAAUUAUAUUUGGAAGUUUGAAGCAAAUCUGGCAAUAAACUCUAGUUCUGUUGUCAUAUAUUUACAUGAGGUGUCCAACAAAAAAGAAACAGUUAUUGGGUUUAGAGUUCACAAGGAAUUUGAUGUGGGUAUGCUUCAGCCUGCAGAUGUCACUAUAUACGAGUAUUAUGAUCAAGAUAAAAAGUGCAGCACUUUUUACAACUUACCCGAUGAAAGUGAUCAACUGAUGAAACUCUGCAAAGGAUCUUUGUGCAAAUGUGCAGUAGAAAAAUGUUGCACUCAGGAAAAGAUAUCCUCAACAAUUACGUCGGACUAUUUAUACAAUAAAGCCUGCAAACAAGAAGGAAUAUAUGAUGUUUUUAAGGUAAUUUUGAAACAGACAGACAGACAAGCCAGUUUCGACAGCCACACACUUGAAGUACUGCAAUUCUUUAAGAAAGAAGAUGAAAAUGACCAUGGAAUUGAAAAGCAUUUUAUUUCUCACACGGCCUGCAGAGAAUCACUUAAGCUAGAGGUUAACAAGAAGUAUCUCAUAAUGAGCUACUCUUCUGACUUAUGGCCACUAUCUACAGAGACAGUUUACGCCUUCAGCAGCAAAACUUUUGUAAUGACGUGGCCAGAGGAGAAUGAAGGGCAAGAUAAAGUGGUUGAAGCUUUGACGGGCUUUUCUAAACGAAUGGAGAAUGGAUGUGACACAUAGAUCGUAUUUGACGGCACGAUGUCUAAAUGCUGAAAAACACUAAAAUAUGUUAACAUAUAACCUUAUAAACACACACAGUAUAUAUAAUCACACACAUAUAUGCAUAAAUACACCUAUAUAUAUAUAUAUAUAUAUAUAUA